CGUCAGAGGCGGAGUCAAGGGAGGCGGUGGCUCCAGAGAUGGCAGUGAGCGAGAGGAGGGGGCUCGGCCGUGGGAGCCCCGCGGAAUGGGGGCCGUGGCUACUUCUGCUGCUGCUGUUAGGCGGUUCCUCUGGACGCAUUCACCGGCUGACGCUGACGGGGGAGAAGCGAGCAGACAUCCAACUGAACAGCUUUGGUUUCUACACCAACGGCUCCCUGGAGGUGAAUCUGAGCCUCCUGAGGCUAGGCCGCCAGGAUACAGAAGAGAAGGCCCCGCUGGUGGGGUUCAGUCUGACCCGGGUGAGAUCUGGCAGCAUUCGCUCCUACUCAAAUCGGGACUCCCAUGAGUGUCCUCUCCGGAAAAACAGUAGCAGCCUCCUGGUUCUCUUCCUCAUCAACACCAAAGAUCUGGAGGUCCAGGUACGAAAGUAUGGGGAGCAGAAAAAGCUGUUCAUCUCUGCUGGGCUCCUCCCAGAAUCACCCUCCGAACCAGGGCUCCCAAAGUCAGAGCACAUGGUCACCCCCAAGGUGGACCACGCAGGGACCACUGCUGCACCUGACAAGGCCAAGUCAAAACCCACAGGAUUACAAGGGGACCGGCAGGGUGUCAGUGGGAAGGACCAGGAGCUGGUAUUGGGCCUGGGCCACCUCAACAACUCCUACAAUUUCAGUUUCCAUGUAGUGAUCGGCUCUAGGGCUGAGGAAGGCCAAUACAACCUCAACUUCCACAACUGUGACAACUUGGUGCCAGGCCGGGAGCAGCCGUUUGACAUCACGGUAAUGAUCCGGGAGAAGAACCCCGAGGGCUACCUGUCAGCGGCGGAAAUCCCUCUUUUCAAGCUGUACAUGGUCAUGUCCGCAUGCUUCCUGGGCGCCGGCAUCUUCUGGGUGUCCAUCCUCUGCAAGAACACGUACAACGUCUUCAAGAUCCACUGGCUCAUGGCAGCCCUGACUUUCACCAAGAGCGUCUCUCUUCUCUUCCACAGUAUCAACUACUACUUCAUCAACAGCCAGGGCCACCCCAUCGAAGGCCUCGCUGUCAUGCACUACAUCACGCAUCUGCUGAAGGGUGCCCUCCUCUUCAUCACCAUUGCCUUGAUCGGCUCCGGCUGGGCCUUCGUCAAGUACGUGCUGUCAGACAAGGAGAAGAAGAUCUUUGGGAUAGUGAUCCCACUGCAGGUCCUGGCCAACGUGGCCUACAUUGUCAUGGAGUCCCGCGAGGAGGGUGCCAGCGACUACGGUAUCUGGAAGGAGAUCCUCUUCCUGGUGGAUCUCAUCUGCUGUGGCACCAUCCUGUUCCCCGUGGUCUGGUCCAUCCGGCAUCUCCAGGACGCGUCUGGCACUGAUGGGAAGGUGGCAGUGAACCUGGCCAAGCUGAAGCUGUUCCGGCAUUACUAUGUCAUGGUCAUCUGCUACAUUUACUUCACACGGAUCAUUGCCAUCUUGCUUCGGGCGGUCGUGCCCUUCCAGUGGCAGUGGCUGUACCAGCUCUUGGUGGAGGGCUCCACUCUCGCCUUCUUCGUGCUCACGGGCUACAAGUUCCAACCCGCAAGGGAUAACCCGUACCUGCAGCUACCCCAAGAGGAUGAGGAGGGCAUGCAGAUAGAGCAAGUAAUGACCGAUUCUGGGUUCCGGGAAGGCCUGUCCAAAGUCAACAAAACAGCCAGCGGGCGGGAGCUGUUGUGAUCAGGUCUCCACCUCAAACAGCCCUUCGACCUUCUUCCUCCUCGUCUCUUCAGACAUUCCCUGCUCCGGCUUCUCCCAAAGACAGUGAGGGGAGGAGGGGGCCGGUGCUCACAGGGCACCCAGCAUCCUGGGACCAGAGUUCCUGGAGCCCGUUCAGAAGAUGACCGACAGCCUCCAUCCCCCACAGAUGUUGAGCACCAUGGCCCCACCCGGGACCACCCCCCCACUUGCAGCUGUACAAUAAUGACCCAUCUGUUUUGUUA